CAGCUGGCACUUGCCUCUUGCUGUCAAUAAAAUAAACUGUCACACUGUCAGUUGUGAGGUGAUAGCGCGAAUGUACGAUACGUGCCGAAUGCAAUACAAAAACUUUCACGCGCAAAUUGAUCAACAAAGAUACGAAUAUGAGGCCUCUGGACAAGGAGCUCUGUGAGACGGAGCCGGGGGACCGUUACUACAACUACAGGAAGGAUUUCAGGACCGCUCUGCCACAAAUCAUAGCUGUUAGUGUCAAGAAUUUACUCAUAUUGGGUUACGGAAUGACCCUUGGCUUCCCUACCAUCCUGAUACCAGCUGUCAGUCAACCCCAGGAUGGAGAGAUACUGCAUCUCAAUAAUACACAAGUCUCUUGGAUAAGCUCAAUAAACCUGAUUGUUGUGCCGUUGGGGUGCGCGCUGUCUGGUGUGGUGACGUCACCGCUUGGUCGACGCCGCGCCAUGCAAGCAGUCAACCUGCCAUUCAUUAUCGCCUGGCUUCUCUUCUAUUACUCGAAGACCGCUGUUUACCUCUACGCAGCUCUCUUUUUAACUGGUCUCGCUGGAGGAUUGCUUGAAGCGCCGGUGCUGACUUACGUUGCGGAGAUCACACAGCCGCACUUGCGCGGCUCGCUGUCCGCCACCAGUUCGAUGUGCGUCAUCCUCGGAGUGUUCACUCAGUUCCUGUUCGGUACAUUGAUGAACUGGAGGACAGUCGCACUCGUCAACAUUAGCUUUACAAUAGUAGCCGUUAUUGCUUUAUUCUUUAUUCCGGAAUCACCGCAUUGGCUGAUAUCAAGAAACCGAGACGAUGACGCUAGGAAGAGUCUGCAAUGGCUUCGCGGCUGGACGACGGAAGAUGAAGUCGACAUGGAGUUGAGAGACAUUCAAGCUCUUUUCUGGAUAGAGGAAAUGGUGUCGUACAAAUACAAGUGGACGGCCAAUUUAUCUCACUACCGCGAGCGCAAGUUCUAUGUACCGUUCUGUCUUGUCAGCUAUAGCUUCUUCGUGGGUCAUUUCAGCGGCAUGACCACGCUGCAGACGUACGCAGUGUCGAUAUUCCAGGCGUUAGAUGCGCCUUUAGAUAAGUACCGAGCCACGUUAGUGUUGGGCGCGGUUCAGAUAGCUGGUGCUGCGUGUUGUGUACUGUUGGUACGCUUCGCUGGAAAGCGGACACUCACGCUGGUCUCCACUGCUGGAGCGGGCGUCUGCUGUCUGCUACUCUCAGCUUACGAUAUUUACAUCAAAAUGUAUUCGCGGCCGCAUGUAUCAAUAAGCAGCAAUGGUGUAUAUUUGAAGACAAACAGUUCUCUCACUGCUGAAACCAUUCACAUCGGUUACUCCUGGAUGCCAACAACACUUCUAAUGUUGUUGGCUUUCAUCACCCACACUGGAAUACGACUGUUACCCUGGAUACUUAUUGGAGAGGUGUUCAGUGCACAGACGAGGUCAGGAGCAUCAGGUCUAGCCAGUGCUAUGGGCUAUAUAUUCGGUUUCGUCACCAACAAGGCCUACAUCAAUAUGGUCGACAAACUUUCAAUAUGGGGAACUUAUGGAUUUUAUGGACUCAUUUGUUUAACUGGAUGCGUUGUGUUUGCACUUAUACUUCCCGAGACCGAAGGGAAAAAUUUAAUCGACAUCGAAAAUCACUUCGCAGGCAUCAAGAAACUUGAUAACAAAGUUUAUCGUCCAAAGAAAAGGAAAACUAUUCCAGAAUCAAAACUGAGCGACAUCGGCGGCAUACAAAAUCGAUCCUACGAACCCGAUACAACAAGCCUUUAAUUUCUAUUAAUAAAACCUUUGUCCAAAGUACUGUUUGUAUGUAAUUGUAACAAAUAUAUUAAGUUUUUAAA